AAAUUAAGACGUGUCAUCCGCUUAACAUCUUAGCAUCUGUUACUGCCGCUCGCACAUUUCUGCACUACAUCAGUCUGAAGGACACUUUCCUGGACAUUUCAGAGAGAAAAAAAACCCCAAGCCCCUAUAACAGAGAAGAAAUUGGCUCUUUUUUCAGUGGGAUGAAGCAUGUAAGGCAUUUCAACCCCUCCUUAUUUCUCAGUUUGGUGCAUGUUUGCCUGGUUCAGGCAAAUUAUGCCCCCUAUUUCUUUGAUAAUGGAGCCAGAAGCACGAACGGGAACAUGGCACUUCUCAGCCUUUCAGAGGACAUACCUGUUGGUACCCAUGUGUACACUCUGAAUGGAACUGAUCCAGAAGGGGAUCCUGUGACAUAUGACCUGACCUAUGAAGCUGGAUCAAGACGCUACUUUUCUGUUGACAAGAACCUUGGAAAUGUUACACUGAUCGAGGAGCUUGACAGAGAGAAGGAAGAUGAGAUUGAAGUUAUUGUCAGUAUUUCAGAUGGCCUGAGUACAGUUUCUGAAAAAGUCAGGAUCCUUGUAAUGGAUGCUAAUGAUGAGAGCCCAGAGUUCAUCAAUACACCUUACAUAGUCGGAGUCCCAGAGAACACUCCCUCCAGCAGCAGUAUCUUUAAGAUUGAGGCAAUAGACAAAGACACGGGUUCUGGAGGAAGUAUCACCUACUUCUUGCAGAACAUCCACGCUAACAAGUUCACUAUAGACCGUCACAGUGGAGUGCUGCGCAUCAAAACAGGGGUCACCCUGGACUAUGAGAAAUCAAGAACGCAUUUUGUUGUCGUCGUAGCCAAGGAUGGUGGUGGGAAGCUCAGGGGAGACAACAAAGUGUUUUCAGCCACAACAACAGUUACUAUCAAUGUGGAGGAUGUUCAGGACACUCCUCCCAUGUUCAUCGGGACUCCCUACUAUGGAUAUGUCUAUGAGGAUACGCUCGCAGGCUCUGAGGUCCUUACUGUUGUUGCUCUUGAUGGAGACAGAGGAAAGCCUAACAGUAUUCAUUACUGCAUCGUGAACGGAAGUGAAGGUUCAUUUGAAAUCAGCAACACAACUGGAGCCAUUUCUGUGAUAAAAAGCCCAAAUCAGCUCAAGAAAGAAGUGUAUGAACUAAAAGUUCAGGCAUCAGAAGUCAGCCAGGAAGGUGACACCUCCGAGCACACUUUUGCCAUGGUGACUAUACGUGUGGUCGACCUCAACAACCACCCACCAACGUUCUACGGAGAAAAUGGUCCCCAGAACAGAUUUGAACUGACCAUGUAUGAGCAUCCCCCAGAGGGUGAAAUCUUAAGGGGAUUGAAGAUCACAGUCAAUGAUUCAGAUCAGGGAGCCAAUGCUAAAUUCAACCUCCGCCUUGUUGGACCUGGUGGCAUCUUCCGAGUGGUUCCCCAAACUGUCCUGAAUGAGGCUCAGGUUACAAUAAUAGUGGAAAAUUCUGCUGCUAUUGACUUUGAAAGUUUCAAAGUGUUAACCUUCAAGCUUCUUGCGAUAGAGGUGAACACGCCGGAGAAAUUCAGCUCGACAGCUGACAUAGUGAUUCGCUUGCUGGACACCAACGACAACGUCCCUAAGUUCUCCUCUGACUACUACAUUGCCAGGAUCCCUGAGAACUCUCCAGGGGGCUCAAACGUGGUUGCUGUUACAGCUACAGAUCCAGAUUCAGGGCUUUGGGGAGAAAUCAAGUACUCUAUCUAUGGAACAGGAGCAGAUCUGUUCCUAAUCCACCCAUCAACAGGCAUAAUUUACACCCAGCCCUGGGCUGUGUUAGAUGCUGAAGUGAACUCGAAGUAUAAUUUCUAUGUGAAAGCAGAGGACACAGAUGGAAAAUACAGCUUGGCUGAAGUGUUUAUCACUGUGCUAGAUGUCAAUGACCACUCUCCAGAGUUCAAUGAAAACAUCCAGGAAAAGACGAUGAUCAUUGGGUCACCGGUGAAGAUAGAGGCUAUAGAUCAAGAUGCAGAAGAACCCAACAAUAUCGUGGAUUAUUCCAUCAUGCAAGCAGACCCAGCCAACGUGUUUGAUAUAGACCAAAGCACUGGGGAAAUCAAGCUGAAAUCCUAUAUUCGUUCCCUGGACAUCAUCCACAACAUCACAAAAAACAAAGACUGCAUAUGGUCAUUGGUGGUACAGGCCAAAGACCGAGGCUCCCCGUCCUUCAGUACCACAGCAGUUCUGAAGAUCGAUAUCACAGAAGAGACUCUUCACAAAGGGCCUAUGGCCGCCUUUUUGAUGCAAACUAAAGAUAACCCCAUGAAAGCCUUAGGAGUGCUAGCUGGUGUCAUGGGCAUAAUGGUGCUGAUAACUAUCAUGAUCUCUACUGCCAUGUUCUGGCGCAACAAGCGAUCCAGCAAAAUCAUGCCGGUAAGAAGGAUCAUAAAAAAGAGACAGAUCCCGCCAUCCCGGACAGUCAGGAUGGAGUGGCUGAAGUUCAAGAGGCCCAGCAAUGCUGCGGAGAAGUUUGUCAUUGAAGAUGAUGUCAAGAGCCUACCUGAGAACAAUGAGAACAGCAACAACAACAUCCAAGUUACCCCCGUGCCACCAUCAGCCCCCUUGCCCCCACCACCCCCUGCCCUGGCUCCCAGGAGCGAUGCCCCAGGGUGGCGGGUGCCAACCGUGUCCGGCUCCCUCACCCCCAAGCAUAUAAUCAAGCCACCAAAGAAGAAAGGUCAUAGCAGCACCCACAAUGCCCUCGUGUCAGAGCUCAAAAUGAGGUUUGAGAAGAGGAACGCAGCUACCGGGGAGCCCCACAUCUAGGUGCUCUCAGCAGCCCCCAGAGACUGCAGACUGUGGCUGUGCAUGGAUGUAUUUACGUGCUGUGCUCCUCCCCCUGUCUGUCAGCACCCUGUGAACCGAGAGCAGCUCCUCACUGUGAUAGCCACCCCUCACCUUCCACCAGGACCACAUGCUACAGAGUCACCCCACCCACAGAAGUGCUGUGGUCUGUGUCCAGUCGCGACUGCAAUUCCUUCAGCCCGUGUCCCACUGCUGCUCCCUCCCUGCAGCUGUCUGACCACGGUGCUGAGUACACCAGCCACAGUCUCCCCAAGUGAACAGGGAUUCAGGUUGCCCCCAGUUUGGAGGUCUUUACCCAGAGCCUGGGUUUUCAAACAAGAUGCUCUGCAGCCAAGGCCCUGGAAGAUGCUGCUUCUGAACUGGUCUGGCAGGUGGGUUUGAGGUGCCCAAAAUCCCGUCACUUCAAAUCCCAAACCCACUUUUGAAGGCAUGAGCACCGAGUCAAUGCGCAGGUCUCCUACAGCAGUGACACUGCCCUGUCCUCAGGGUGUAACAAGCUUUGCAACAACUGGCAGAGUGAUGUGCUCACGGCCUGAGUACCCUCAUUCCCAAAAGGUAAGCGGGCAGACUUGGAGAAGUUCUUCAUUUUCCUGCAGCUUAUGCUGGGUUUUGCCAGAGUGCACUGACAUGAUACUGCGCUUUGCUUCUGCCCCGGACUUGGCUGCUGAGGAGGAGACAGGAGGGGCUUUUCAGCCUUCCCUAGACCAGCUGGGGCAAGAUUGGAGCACAGAAAGCUCAGUAGCAGCACUCUCAGUACUACCUCCUUCUGACACUGAGCCCCAAAAAAGGAGGAGCCCAGCAGGAGAAGGACACGGAUAAAUCCACAGGGAAGACAAGGUAAAACUGAGAGUCAAAUGAUAAGUGAAAAACAUAGACAAGUGCUGGAAAGUCGCAUAUGUUGGUCAGGGAAGUGUCUGGAAAGAUCAUGUGGUGUUGUACACUGCUAGCAGAAGGUGUCAAGGAAUAUAUUUCAUCACCUCUCCUGGCUUGUUCCAGGGACUGGUGAGUGCAAAAUGAGGUUUCCGUAAAAUAUUCUGGUUUGUCAUAUCAGUAUUUUUGAGUGAAUUAUGCAAUAGU